AUGGCUUGGCUACGAAGGAAGAAGGAUGAUGACCCAAAGCCUACACCCGAGGAGCAGACACCCCUCCGGUCAGAGGAGCAAAAUGGGUACCAAGGGACCGGAAACAACAUCCAGGAGCCCGCGAGCUUAGAGGCAGCUCAAAAAGCGCCGGCGCCGGUAUCUUGGGCAUCUAUGCCCAGAAAGUGGCAGUUGGCCGUGAUUGUCUUCGCCCGUCUCGCUGAGCCUCUGAGCGAGAGAUCGCUGACCUCAUAUCUCUUCUACCAACUCAGAUGGUUCGAUCCUUCGUUAGAGCCAUCCGAAAUCGCGAAACAGGCUGGCCAUCUCACAGCUGUCUUCGCCGCGGCGCAAUGCCUCACUUCAAUGUGGUGGGGGCGAGUCGCAGACACUGCUCUCUUUGGCCGUAAGAGAGUGCUGAUCAUCGGUCUCUUCGGCUCGGCCAUGUGUGCUCUAGGGAUGGGUUUCUCGCCUUCGUUCACAUCCGCGAUGUUCUUUCGAUUUUUCUCGGGUGCUCUCAACGGCAAUAUUGGCGUUCUUCGGACCAUGGUGUCGGAAAUUGUCCCGGACAAACGAUACAAAGCGAGGGCCUUCUUGAUAUUACCCAUGUGCUUCAAUGUCGGCGUUAUCAUCGGUCCCCUCAUGAGUGGCUUUUUAGCCGAUCCGAUUCAUUCACUACCAAGCAUAUUCGGCCCAGGCUCAAUCAUUGGUGGUCGUGACGGCGUUGCGUGGAUGAAGCAAUUCCCUUAUGCGCUUCCGAAUGUCGUGUGCGCCUCCGUUCUUCUUGCUGCGGCGUUCUGUAUCAUCCUCGGAUUGGAUGAAACGCACCCAAUGAGGCGAGACAAACUUGAUCCAGGCCGAGAGCUAGGGAAAUUCAUCGUCCGAAAGGUCCUCCGACAGGAAAAGGGGCAAGACUAUGAAUAUGAGCCCAUUCCAUCCUCGGCAAAUACCGCUCCUAGCACAUCUCAGCCGGUAAUCGCUCGCGAGCCAGAGCCAGUCAAAAAACAGGCCAGAUUCCGAGACAUGUUUACAAGAAAUGUCUGCUUCACAUUGUUGCAACACUUCCUCCGUGCCCUCCACGGCUCUGCGUUCAACACAGUCUUCUUCAGUCUGCUCCCAACCCCCAGGUACGACAACUCGCACGCAAGCCUUCCGUUCAGAUUUAGCGGCGGGCUCGGCCUCUCGAGCAAAAGUAUGGGCUUGGUAAACACUAUACUUGGUAGCAUCGGAAUUCCCCUCCAGAUCCUGCUCUACCCCGUGCUCAGCGCUCGUCUUGGAAUACUUGCCUCGUAUCGCAUGUUCUUGCCGCUCAGUAUUGCCGCCUACUUCUUGAUACCCUAUCUCGUCCUACUCCCGGAUAAUAUGGCAGUGAUUUGGACUUGCCUUACUGCCUUAUUAUCGCUGCAGGUUCUUGCUCGCGUGUUUAUUACGCCUGCUUCUAUGAUUUUGGUCAAUGAAUCCGCACCGAGUCCUACGCUUUUAGGGACUGUCCACGGGUUUGCAUCAAGCAUUUCCAGUUUUGCUCGUAUUUUUGGACCGAGCAUAGGUGGAUCAGCUCUCGGCUGGGGUCUGGCACACAACUUCGUCGGCUUCCCGCUCUGGGGGAUGGGUGUCAUUGGUCUGGCAAACUGGUCGGUUCUUUGGUUCGUGGAGGAAGCUGCGGUCUUUUAA